AUGGCCGGGGAAGCUGGAAAGAAUCGCACGGUUCUCCUGGCCACAGAGAAAGCCUUUGCGGCAGGGGCCGUGGCCAAGAUCGAGACUGUGGUGAAGGAGGCCAAGUACACCUUGAAGAAGUUGGAGAACUACAAGAGCAAGGAUGACUUGCUGGCCGCAGUGGAGGGUGUUGAUGCCAUGAUCAUCCGCAGCGACAUUGUGGAUGCAGCAGUCCUUGAGAAGGCUGCACAGUUGAAGAUCGUGGUGCGUGCGGGUGCUGGCUACGACAACAUCGACCUGAAGGCAUGCGAAGCCAAGAGCGUUGUUGCCAUGAAUACCCCUGGCCAAAAUGCCAAUGCAGUUGCGGAGCUGGUCUUCGGGAUGAUGAUUGUCAGUGCUCGCAACAACUUCGAUGGCACCAGUGGUUUCGAGUUGGUCAACCGCGAGAUCGCUUUCUACGGUUUCGGCGCAGUGGCGCGGGCGGUGCAUAAGUUGGCUGUGGGCUUUGGCAUGAAGAGUUUUGCCUAUGAUCCCUACAUCCCGGCAGAGAAGAUCAAGGAGAUGGGUGCGGAGCCGGUGACCUCGGUGGCUGGCCUUUUCGAACAUCAAUACGUGUCUCUCCAUGUUCCAUUGACCGAGGAGACCAAGGCAUCCAUCAACAAGGAUCUGUUGUCCAAGAUGCCCAAGGGCGGUACUUUGAUCAACACCGCACGUGUGGAAGUGGUGCAUGAGGCAGAUAUGCUGGAGAUCCUGAAGGUUCGACCAGAUUUUUGCUACCUCUGCGAUGUUGCGCCCAAGGACAUUGAGCCGUUCAAGGCCGCAGUGGGUGACAAAUUUGGCAAGCGCCUCAUUUUCACCAAGAAGAAGAUGGGUGCGCAGACGGCGGAGGCCAACGACAACGCAGGAGUGGCCGCGGCCAAUCAGAUCGUGGGCUUCUUUGAGAAGGGUGAGACUGCUGCCUGGAGGGUGGUACUGGAGGUGCUGCAGCCGGCUGAUGAGACGCAGGAUGUCAUGGAGGAAAAAGCAACGACCACGUUGCAAGAUGCUGUGGCACAGACCAGCUCACGAGCUUUGCGGAAAAGCUUGGCUGGAAUGGCGAAGAUCUAUUUGGCUUUAGCCCUGGAUAGCCAAGAGCUGGGUGAUAGUCAAGUCCGUGCAGAGCAGUUGGUUCGAGAGGGCCUGGGGCUGCACCGGAACCUGCAGCACGUGUGGAGGGCUCAAGAGAAGCUUCUUCCACAGCAACAGCCCGGGCAUGCCAUCAAUGCCGGAGUGUCCUUGAUGGCCCUUGUACUCAACGCCAGCAUCGGAGUCCAAAUGGCUGCAAACACUGCGAAUGUGACCAGUGCAGAGCAGGCUUUGGAUCUGAACUACAUUCGGACUGUUUUGCAGAGGAUGGAGGACUCGAUCAUUUUCAGCCUCAUCGAGCGGUCCCAGUACUUGACCAACAGCGCGGUUUAUGAGCCGAACCACAAGCAGCUGGGACGGUUCAAGCUCCAUGCCCUGAAAAGUGCUGGUUCCAAUGGAUGCCUCGGAGAUUGGUUCAUUUACCAGACAGAGUGCCUUCACUCGCAAGUGAAGAGGUACGACCAUCCCACAGAAUAUGCGUUUUUCGGCCCUCUACCUGAGGCAAGCCUUGGGAAGAACACUGAGACUGAGAAAGGUGGGACAGAAGGCAUUUUGGCACAGGUUCCGCCUGAGGCUAUUGUGAACAAGAAGCUCCUAGAGAUCUACCGAACAAAGAUGAUCCCCUCCUUGUGCGAAGAGGGAGAUGAUGGCAACUACGGUUCCACUGCCGUGCAAGACGUGCAUGUCCUUCAGACCAUGGCCACCAGGAUAUACUACGGACUGUUCGUCGCGGAGUCCAAGUUCAGAAGCGAAACGGAGAAGGCCACUGCCAUGAUCAAAGCCAAAGACACUGACGCACUCAUUGCUUUCAUCACGAAGCCGGAGGUGGAAAAGAAGAAUGUGCAGCGAGUCAUUCUGAAGGCAAAGGCCUUCUCUCGAAACAUCGCACUGGACAAACCCGAGGAAUCGGGCCCAGCCACCUACAAGGUCAACCCGGAGUAUAUUGGUAAAAUAUUUGAAGAAUACAUUAUGCCUCUGACCAAGGAGGUGGAAGCUGCAUACCUCCUGGCCCGGCUCAAUCCGUUGCCACGGGAGGACUCCGUGCAGGAGGAGACAGAUGUGGAUUGGAUCAACCCAGGCUCCCCCACGGUGCUGGAGAAGAAAAAAACAAAUGGAAGUUGA